AUGAAUCCUCCUCUGCUAGCACUCCUCAUCAUCCUUCCACUACCAUGUUGCCGCUGCAUAUUCGCGCAGCCGUCGGAAUUCCGCCUCCUGUCCUGCUACGACGACGCCGGGAACUACACCGCCGGCAGCACUUACCGGCGCAACCUUGACACCCUCUUGUCCUCGCUCGGCGCCGACUACCAAACCACCACGGGCUUCUACAACCUCUCCGUGGGCCUAGGCCCGGACCAGGUCAACGCCCUGGGCCUCUGCCGGGCCGACAUCACGCUCCAAGCCUGCCGCGACUGCAUCUCCGAGGCGACGACUCGGCUCGUAUUCGACUGCCCGGUCCAGAAGACGGCGUUCGGCCACUACGGCAACACCUGCCAGCUCCGGUACUCGAACCGGUCCAUCUACGGUUCGCUCGAGCCGGACCCGCCCAGCCUCUACUUGGGGAACUUCAACAACGCGUCCGACCCGGUUCGGUUCGGCGACGCCUUGCGCGCCUUGUUGGUCCGCCUCCGGGGCUCCGCGGCGGGAGGAAGUUCGGUGAGGAAAUUCGCGACGGGAACGGCGCGGCAGGGCUCGCUCACCAUCUACGGCCUCGUGCAGUGCUCUCCGGAUCUCUCGCGGCAGCUCUGCGAUGAAUGUAUCGCCGCGGCCGCCGGCCAGAUCGACGGGAGGAGAAUCGGAGGACAGAUCUGGCAACCUUGUUGUCGGGUGGGGUAUGAGACUCAUCCAUUUUACUCCGACGCGGAAUCGCCGCAGCCAGCUCCGGAAACUGGCCGAAGAAGUAAGAAUACGACAAAGAUCGCUGCUGUUGUGAUUCCGAUCGCCGGCGCCGCAGUGCUCGGCUUCAUUUUCAUCGUCUUCUUCUGCCGGAGAUCAUUGAAGAGGUCGAGAAUCCCCAUCCAGAGUCAACGAGACGCCACAGCAGCCGAUGAGAUCGGCAACGAGGGAUGCUUGCAAUUCGAUUUCGAAACGAUCAGAGCCGCCACGAACAGUUUCUCCCAGGAAAGCAAGCUCGGAGAAGGUGGAUUCGGCGUCGUCUACAAGGGAACGUUGUCAAAUGGACAAGAAGUAGCCGUGAAAAGGCUGAAAAAGGAUUCAGCACAAGGACAAAGAGAAUUUAAAAAUGAAGUCAAAUUGGUGGCCAAACUUGAGCAUCGAAAUCUAGUUCAACUCUUAGGCUUUUGCUUAAAAGGAAGAGAGAUGCUUCUCAUCUACGAGUUCAUCCCUAAUGCCAGCCUCGACCAUUUCCUCUUUGAUAUGGAUAAAAAGAAGGAUUUGAGCUGGGAGAGACGAUACAAAAUUAUUAUAGGUGUCACGCGAGGGAUGACUUAUCUUCAUGAGGAAUCUCGAUUGAAGAUCAUCCAUCGUGAUCUAAAAGCCAGCAACAUUUUGUUAGAUGCCGAGAUGGUUCCCAAGAUUUCAGAUUUUGGGAUGGCUAGAUUGUUUGAUACUGAUGAGACUCGGGCAAUUACUAACAGAAUUGUUGGGACUUACGGAUAUAUGGCUCCAGAAUAUGCAAUGCACGGGCAGUUUUCAGUGAAGUCUGAUGUGUUCAGUUUUGGGGUGCUCGUUUUAGAGAUUGUGAGCAGCAAGAAGAAUAAACAUAUCCAUGGCAACUCGAGCAUGAAAGACCUAUUAAGCUAUGCAUGGAUGAACUGGAGGAACGGAACUUACACCAACCUCGUAGAUCCGUCUCUCGGGAACAACUUUUCCGGCGCCGAGGUGGCGAGAUGCAUCCACAUUGGGCUGCUGUGCGUGCAGGAGAACGUCAACGACAGGCCGACCAUGGCCGCCGUCGCUCUGAUGCUGACGAGGCAGUCCAUCGCUUUGCCGUUGCCUUCCAAGCCGGCCUUCUUCGUCCACACCGGCACCGGAGAUCAGGGUUCUUCUUCUUCGCGAGAUUGUUACCGCAGAAGCACUUCGAGGGGUGGAUCUUCUCCUCCUGCUGAAGCUCUUCCACUUUCGAGAAAUGAGGUUUCUAUGUCCGAGCUCUAUCCUCGUUGA